CGCGAAUGUGACGAAUUGCUUUCCGAAGCUACUGACGCGAUGUCUCUGUUGUGAUUUAUUGGAGGGUCAAGGAAUAGCCCUUGCUCGCUAGCCUCUCAUUCCAGUUGAACAGGAGAAUAAUGUAACGUCGCAAGAACGGGAUUCGCAAUUAAGAUGGAUGUUCACGGUGCCGGAGUAGUCGCCGUUCUGGGCACAGUUGGAGCUGCUACCGGGGCGAUCUCGGCAGUGAUUGUCUACACCAUUUGUGCGCGUCGCCGACGAUUGCCGCUGCUUACUUCGGUCGGAGGACCACUUAACUGGUUUGAAAAGGAUUUGCUGGAUAGAGCCGAGGAGGCAGCCAGAUCAUCAAAGGAUGUUUUGGUUGGUGUUGCGCUUUCGCGGGAUAAUAAAAUCAUCAGGCGUAGUGACAGUCACUCUGAUGACGACGAAUGGCAGUCCGAUCAUGUAUUUGACAGCAUUGCCAGCGAUUCUCCUAGAAGAGUUAUGCAGCAUCUUUCGGAAUCGGAUGAUAUCCCUCCGUCUCCGAUGAGUCCGCUCGCGCCACCUCUUCCGGAAGGUACAGUGGUCGCAUCCGAGAAGCGCAUGGUGAUAGUUAGGCCGCCGCCGCGAAGUAUAGACGGAUCUCAAUCACGAUUAAAUAGUGUCGAAAUCAUCGAGUCGACUCGACGACACAAGGUAUAUAUAUCGUAUAAUUUUAUAUUAUAUUUAAUUUUACUAUUAUCCACAUACACACGUUAAUAACUAGCGCAUCUA